CAAUAUGGCAGCUGAAAAAACUACUACAUUAAAAUCUUUUAGUCUUUUAUUUCAAUUGUACCCUAUACUCCUACCCUUAAUAUUCUUGAAUUAUGUUUCAGCAUUUCCACAUCAAAUUCCAAGACUAACUCCACAUAAAGAAACGUUUAAUCGAAGAAAUUCUAAUAAAAAUUUAUCUGCAUUUGCCCUUUCGGAGAAUUUCAUGACAUAUUAUUACACUCAAACUCUUGAUCACUUCAACUAUUUACCCCAAAGUUAUGCCACCUUUCCACAAAGAUAUUCGAUCGAUUUCAGUUACUGGGGUGGUGCAAGAUCAAACUCACCAAUCUUUGUAUGUCUUGGUGCAGAAGAAGCAUUAGAGUAUGAUCUGCAAAUUGGUUUUCUUAGAGCUACAGCGUCUCAUUUCAAGGCUCUUCUAGUAUACAUUGAGCAUCGGUUCUAUGGAAAAUCGGUCCCAUUUGGAACAAUGGAAGAAGCCAUGAAUGAUGAGAAUGCUCGUGGAUAUUUCAACUCAGCACAAGCUUUAGCAGAUUAUGCAGAGUUGUUAAUACACAUAAAAGAAAAGUUUUCAGCUCAGAAUUCUCCCAUUAUUGUGAUUGGAGGAUCAUAUGGAGGAAUGCUAGCUUCAUGGUUUAGGCUCAAGUAUCCACACAUUGCUAUCGGUGCUUUAGCCUCAUCAGCACCUAUUCUCUAUUUUGAUAAUAUAACCCCAGAAAAUAGAUAUUACUCAAUCGUAUCUAAGGAUUUCAAGGAAGCCAGUGAGAGUUGUUACGAAACUAUUCGAAAAUCAUGGUCUGAAAUAGACGAAGUCGCUUCCUUACCAUAUGGCCUCGCCUUUCUCAGUAAAAAAUUCAGCAGUUGCAGGCCAUUCAACACUCCUCAUCAGCUGAAACAUUAUUUGGAAUUAAUCUACGUAGAGGCUGCUCAGUAUAAUGCUCCACCAGCGUAUCCAGUCUCGGCGAUUUGUAGGGGAAUUGAUGGAGCACCUGCCGGAACUGAUAUUCUUAGCCGGAUUGUCGCCGGCGUCAAAUCUUAUAUUAAUAGUCCAUGCUAUAAUAUAAACGACUAUGACUAUGAAAGUGAGCCAAUAAUUGGGUGGGCAUGGCAAACUUGUAGCGAAAUGCAAGGGAAGGUAAAGAUACUAUUUAGGAAGAAACCAGAGGAUAUGUCAGAUGUCGAUCAGGAAAAGCUUGAUGCACGAUUAGUUGGUUUGGCUAAAAUUGGAGAGUCGUCGUAUGUCAAAGUCUUUCACGAACAAACUACAUCUGAAGCAGCGACUGUAUGGGCUCAAGAUGCUGGAGGGUACAGUUCUGAUUCAACAUACUAA